AUGCCAGUCCGUAAAUUUUCAGAAGAUGGUCUUAUCAAGAAGACAAAGCAAAAACGGUCAAAGCAGGAGUUGCGAGAUGAGCAUAUAAAGCGCAUUCUGGUGGCUGCUUCGAAAGGACAGGUUGAAUUGCCGCCUGAGGAAAGUUAUAUUGUUGAACGGCGAAAACGACAUGAGAGCUUCGAAUUCGAUGAUAAGAUUAGCGCAGCAGCCUUGCACCGCCCGAAGACAAGAAGAUCGGUCGUGUACGAUGAGAACAUCUUGAACGAGUGCCUUUCCCAACACUUGUGGCGGAUCGAUGAGGACCCAACGAAGGAUUACGAAUUGCUACUCGAGGGACUUCAAGCCUGUGCUGAUGCGGCUUCUCUUACUCAGCGAAGGAGCUCCGAACGCAUCUCGACGUCAACGAGAGAACUCUUGAGUAAGCGAAGGAGCCUGCGACUUGAUCCGAAUGCAACCCACCUCGAGCGACUGAUUGCUGACACCAGUUGCAGAAUAGCGCUGCAGGAGGACAUACGACAGUUCAGGCAAAGAAAAAUCCUCGAAGCUGCACAAGGAAGAUCAAGUAUAAAGAAGUGCAAGCGGGACCUCACCGAUCAUCGCGUACCACUUUCUGCUCUCCUGAGAGAGGACGGAACCCUCACUACUUCUAGAAAGGAGAUGGAAUCUAUAGCGGAAACGUUCUACACAAGUCUAUUCCGCUCCUCCACACCCGUACCAGACCCUGUUAUCCCCACUGCCCCCCGACCACCUACGAUCCUUACCUCAGAAGUCCGAGUUGCCAUCGACAGCAUGAAGAAGGGAACUGCUCCCGGACCCGAUAAGAUCUCGGGAUUCUCUCUUAUUGAACAAGCACGUGCGCAACGGCCGGCAGAUUUAUUGCAACGAAAUCUGAAAUACAUGAAAUAUACGGAUAAAAAGAGGAAACUGGACAAAAAUAAAGCUAAGAAGAUAGUUUUGGAGCAUAUGAGGAAGAAAACCUCAAAGGAGUUGAUACGAAAAGAGCGAAGUAAAAUUACUGGUCUUCGUGAGCCGAAGAACGAAAAGAAGAAAGACGAAAGCGUAUUCAGUGAUGCUGAUUUUGCUGUUGUUGGAAAGAAGAAGAAGAAGUUGGAAAAGAUCCCUGUCGAGUAU